ACCACCACACCCCCAGGCGGGCAUCUCCACGAUGUCGCCACCUCAGACCUUUACCAAAGUUGACGUAACACCACGGCGGCACCAUGGUUACGCUGUGCUACUCUUCAUCUUCGGCACGCUCUUUCCCCCUCUUGCUGUCGCCGCACGAUUUGGCAUCGGUGGAGACUUCUGGUUGAACCUCCUCUUGACAAUCUGUGGCUAUAUCCCAGGUCACGUUCACAACUUUUACAUCCAGAACAUCCGCAACAACAAGACCCAUCGUCGCACGCCCAAAUGGGUUCUGAAAUACGGUCUUGUCAAUAACGCUGAGAUCAAGCGCAAAGAGCGCAAGUCUCAGUGGGCAAACCGCUAUUCUGAACGUAACCCUCACUCUGCUCUGCGCGAACAGUCCCUCGAAGAAGGCCAAGAGGGUGGUUCUAGCGUCGAUCUGUCCUUGGAAGAAGAGCGUCAGCGCGGUGGGGAGUUGUGGAACCCCAACGAAGAACGCUUCUACGGCAAGAACGGAGACCGGUCCUCCGCUAUCCUGCGUACGAACGACACCGACGGCGGUCGCUGGCACUACCCUGCCAACUUUGAAGACACCGUCGCCGAGCCGACGCGCAAGAAGACGAAGAAGAGGAAAGACAAGAAGGAUCGGUGGACGAGGACAGAUGACGCCUACUCCGUUAAUGACGCAGAGGCUUCAAUGAAACGGAAGAAGUCCAAGAAGCGGCGAUCUACAGUAGACUCCGAUGCCUACUCUCGGCAGAGCGACACAACCAGCGGAUUCCCCGAGGAUGCUGAGGGUGGACUGUACGGUUCGGGUAGAGAUGCCGCGACUUCCGCAGGCGAGGAAACGAAUGGGCGCACCAACGAGGAGUACAUCUUCAAUCAUGAGCUCUAACAGUACGAAUGUGGAUAGCAAUUGGAAUGUACUAUGACCUAAGUUUUAUCUAUAGCUGCGUUUAUUACUUCUUAACCCCGCCGUACUAAUGAUAUCAUCGCUUCGUAUAUAUUCUAUAGGUUUUCGAAUUCAAGGUUACCUUCACCUCAG